AUGAAGCUGAACAAGCUCAAAGUGCGGCCGAAGAAGGACGCGGCUUCUGCGCCGUGUGCCGCCGAGUUCGCCACCAUGCUCGCAUGCUGGGCCUCGAGCAACGACCUCAACAACAUCGGCGCUUGCAAGGACUCGGCCAAGGCGUUGCAGGAUUGCAUGUCCAGCAAGAGAUCCCGCGGCGGCGUCUCCAAGCCCACCAUCAACUACCACCUCGCAAGGCUGUCAAAACAGAUAUGA